AUGUCUUCCAGUGUUGGUGCCGAUUGCACAGAAUUAAAGCAAAAAUACGACAAUUGUUUCAACAAAUGGUAUUCUGAAAAGUUUCUCAAGGGUGACACUACACCCGAAUGUGAAGAUCUGUUCAAGGAUUAUCGCGCAUGCGUUAUGGUUACCUUGAAAGAAAAAGGCAUCGAUAAGCUUUUGGACGAGUCACGCAAAGAAGCACCAUUCCCUUCGACCUCUUUUGGCGACAAUACCAACAGCAGCAACAGUGACCAACAGCAGAAAAAAUCAUCAUGA